AUGGCAACUGUUACUUGCUUGAUUGGAUUGCAAUUCGGUCAUGUUAUCAUACAUUUUAAGGUUCACAAGGAUAGAGUAAUCCAGUGGAUGGUUCCUUCCUUCUGCCUGUUAGCAUUAGCCUUUUCACUGGACUUAUUCGGAAUGCAUAUGAACAAGCCUCUAUACACAGUGAGUUACACAUGCGUCACUGCCGGGGCUGCUGGAGUGCUAUUUACUGCAGUGUAUCUGCUGGUUGAUGUCUAUGGCUACAGGAGGCCAGUGUUGGCCAUGGAAUGGUUGGGGAUGCAUGCGCUCAUGGUCUACCUUCUAAUAGGUUGCAACAUCUUGCCAGUUUUCAUCCAGGGGUUCUACUGGAGGGAGCCUCAGAACAAUCUCGUGAGUAAACCUAAUCUGAUGAACCCUUCCACUGAUGCUAAACACAACUUCUGA